AGAUCUAGUGUUUUUAUUCAUCCAACCUUUUCCAGCCGCCUGUGUGAGAGAGAGAUCGCGAGGGGAGUGAGUGAAACCUUCAAAGCAACCAUCUCAACGCUCGGCAGGAAGUCUACGAUGAAAAUAUCGAAGGGAGCUGGGAAGUAUGGGUGGCCGACAGGAGAGAUGUAGUCGGAGAUGGAUUUGGCGUUGCGGGCGGUGGUGGUUGUGGUCUUGUGGAGGAGGUUGGAAGGAGGGAAGGUUGCGACGAAGGUGUGCGGUGAUGAGGGAGGUGGAGAGAGAGAAGGGAAAAUGGAUGGUAUUGUGGUGGCGACGGCAGGAGAGACGACGGGAGGGGAGGGAAUAGGGACUGUUGGGGAAUGAUGGAGGCCGUCG